GCAGCCAAAAAGAGAGAGAGAGAGAGAGAGAGAGAGAGAGAGAGAGAGAGGAAGGUAGAGAGACACUGAGCUACAACGGUACACCAAGGAGACCACAGAAACACUCUCCCCCCAAAUCCCCAACUCUACUGCUGCACAGAGAGACAAACAAAAGCAUUCUUGGCUUUCAGUUUAAAAGAAAAAAAGUGGACAAUACUCUGGGCGAGAUCAUUUACUCCAGAUACAAAUCCAAGCAGAAAGGCGUGACAGGACGGCGUCAAACUCUCCCUCUUCAUCCGCACAAACGUCUCCAAAGAGGGAAGGAGAGAGUGAGCAGCGCUGCAUGAAGGAUAAAAACAUCUGGGAGAAGAAGAAACAGGAUGAGAGCCACUCUGAGGAUCACAUGGCUGCUGCUUUCAACCAGCUUCCUGUUUCACAUCAUCUCUGCAGGUGACAAUGCGGGAGUUACAAGUGCCACUAAUAACCCCACCACUAAACCCGUGGUGACAAAUCCUGCCACCACUCAAAAGACGGUGCCAGCUACCACCGCUAAGGUGAACACAGACCUAAAUGCCAAGUCCACAUUGGCGCCAGCUACUGCUGAAACCACAAAACCAGCACAGGCAACCACAGUUACUGCAGCUGCUACAACCAUCAUGCCAGCCACCACGGUCACUGCUACCCCCAAACCGACAGAAAAACAGACUCCAGCACAACCUCCAGCCCCAGCCGUCACAGACAACCAAUCACCAACUUCCGCAACCCGGACUACUGCUGCUAUGACUCCACAGAGUAAAACCCAUCCUGUUACUGUGAAUCCCACUGCUGUAACCACUGACAGCAGCAGUAGCGGUGCAGUGGUGACCACCAACGCUUCAGUAAUCCAGAAGAUAAAACCCUCUGAUCCCAGUGUCACAGUGGCACUACAAGGGACUGGGUUGCCUGCAACACAGCGGGGGGGUCCAGGUGAUGUGACGAUGACACCGAUCGCAAAGAUCUCCACAGAUGCUCCGACACCAGUACAGCAGUCCACGAGUCACACCACCAUCAUGGUGAAGACGAGCCCACGGGACAGCAAAGGAGGUACGGAGAAAACAACUGUGACGAUGACAAACCAACAGCCAACAGCAUCGAAGGACCCAGUGCCAGAUGGAAAUACAGGGACCACCAACAGCCCCUCCACCAAAGUGGUACCGCCUGUAGGGGGAACGUCCAGAACCGGGGCUGGAACCACAGCACCCCUAAUGCCUACCAUCCCUGCUACCACCAUGGCAGCUCAGCCAAAAACAUUCCAGUAUUCUCUAAACACUGGUCAUGAGAAAGAUGAAGAGAAAGAGCUGGUGGAGGUGUGCAGACGGCUGAUGUUGGAUAUGCUGGACGGGAAUUGCACGCUGACAUGGAGGCAUCACAAAGGGAAAGUCCAGUUUGACUGUGUGGUGAUUAACGGAAAAGUGAAAACGAGCCUGGCAACACAGAUCUAUGAAGAGAUUAACAAGAAACCAACAGAUAAUAAGACUCUGAUAGCCAUCCUGGCAUCCUGUGGAGCUCUGCUCAUCAUGAUCGUCAUCCUUGCUGUUUGUGCCUCGCAUCACCGUAAACCUUACAACGAGAACCAGCAACACCUCACCGAGGAGCUGCACACGGUGGAGAACGGUUAUCACGACAAUCCGACGCUGGAGGUGAUGGAGGUGCAGCCGGAGAUGCAGGAGAAGAAGAUGGCGCCGAACGGAGAGUUCAACGACAGCUGGAUAGUCCCCAUGGACAACCUGCUGAAGGAGGACAUGCCUGACGAGGAGGACACUCACCUGUAGAGACAACUUUGGUGGACACUGAAGAAGAAGAAAACAAAGAGGAGGAAGGGGGAGGAAGGAGCUGCAAAGGGACCUGGCUGAUGGAGACUCUUCUUCCUUGAGCGAGGAAAGACUUAAAACACAGAAAUACAUCCCAUGAAAGAAACAAGCCCAUAUAUUUUAAAGAUUAAGAAACAAUGAAAUCACACAGUGGCCUUACAAGCUCUAAAAUAAGCCACUUCAGCUAUUCACAGUUGUGCCUACAUGGAAAUAUUCUUGUGCAACUUCCUUUAGAGCAAUUUUUACAGUUUUUCUCAGAAAGUGUCCAAAACAUAGAGUGGACUGUGCCUUUUUUCACGAUUAACAAAUUUGUUCACAAGCACAUGUAAAUAAAGUAUUUUUAUGUAAUAUUCAGCAUGUGAACACUGAUCACUUUUGAUCUGAAGGAGAGCUACAGACGUUAAAGACAUGUCGGCUGCCUCUGUGGUUCUAGAGAUACUAACAUAGUUAUGGAGACCUCAGGAUACUUUAAAUCAUCCUGGUGAUUUAACUAGAGCAUGUCAGAGCUACCAGAGGCUUCAACUGGCAAAUAUAAUCCAUAAAAGAAGGGAAUACCUGUGUAGAAAUAGGACAGAUUGAUGGGUUUAAACCCAGAUGCCACAUAAUGACUCAAGGAUGUACGGAGGCCCAAGGGGGCAAAUGACAAGUCUUUUUGUGUUGUGUUUUAAGUUCAGAUUUUGAUGUAAGACCUUGGUUUGAUUUUUUUUUUUUUUUAUCAUAAUGUGAUCACAAAGUUUAGAUGCAGAUUAUUUUUUCUUCAGGUGGAAACUGUUCCAGACUAAGAGCUCCUAUUUUUGUACCAUUAAGACUAUCCAUUCAAUUAUUAAUGUUAGCAUUUUCCACCGAAAUAUCAUGGAUCAACACAAAAUUAACAGUAAUUUCAAUAGGAAAAUACAUACCGAGUUACCGAGAUGAUGAAAAAGGCACCGAAAUAAAUGAUGAAAAAAUGACAAAAAUUACAACAAAAACAAUGAAAAAAUCAGGAAAAAAGACCUAAAAAGAUGAAAAUGACAACAAAAAAAUGAUGACAGAAAACUUAAAGAAACAACGAUAACAAAAAAUGAUCUCACAGAUGUCAUCAUACUUUUUGGGGGGAUUUAGAGCAGAAUAUUUGAUUUUUACAGCUUUAUAGAAGGAUUAUCCUGGCAAAUAAAACCUUAAAGUCAAAUUCAAUUCCACAGUCAGUAAAGUCAGUAUGGUAAUAAGGAAAAAAAAAACACUUUAAUAAAGCUGAGAAUAAUGUACAUAAAAGUGAGGCAAACACUGUAAAUAUUUGUAUUUUUCACUGUUCCUGAAGCUAAAGGGAUGGAGUCAUGUUUAAAGAUUUGUUGUUAAAUCCUGCAGCCGAAUCUGAGCACAUUUUCUGUUUAAUUUGUGUGAUAAUUUUCUCCCUUUAACCCAUUAAGAAUUAAUAUAUAUUUACUUAUAAACAUGUGAAUCCAUCAGCUUGGGCCCUCCAAUCCUCAUCUGUUUUUAUUGUUUUUGUUUGUGUUUUUGUGUGUAUAAUUUCACUUUUAUUACACUAUAGCUGUGAUGUUUUUUCACCAAAGUACGUUACCAGUAUUUGAUGUAUUUAUGUUUGUUUGCCGCUGAAGGUGAACAACAGGGGUCUGACACACUGGAAGCUGUAAAUGUCCACCGUCUCGGCGGUCCUCUUAUUUUACAUGUCAUGAUUUGCAAAUAAAGGGAAAAUUUUC